CACACUAGAGGUAGGAAACAUGUUCCUGAUGAAGGGGGAGUCCAGAACCAGGGGCCACAGUUUAAGAAUAAGGGGUAAACCAUUUAGAACGGAGAUGAGGAAACACUUUUUCACACAGAGAGUUGUGAGUCUGAGGCCGGUUCUCUGGAUACUUUCAAGAGAGAGCUAGAUAGGGCUCUUAAAGAUAGUGGAGUCAGGGGAUAUGGGGAGAAGGCAAGAACAGGGUACUGAUUGUGGAUGAUCAGCCAUGAUCACAUUGCAUGGCGGUGCUGGCUCCAAGGGCCGAAUGGCCUGCUCCUGCACCUAUUGUCUAUUAAAGUUGCCAGGGGUAAAUGGGACGAAGAAGGUUGGGAAUCCCUGCCUUAAAUCAAUCAAAGGAAUUAUUUUAGUUUGAGAAAUCAAUGGACUUUGACAAAUUCCACACAGCCCAUAUAAUAUAUUAAAAGGCGGACCAUAAAAUUACUUUAAGAUAGCAUAUCACCUCAUUGUGGAAUGAACAUGAACAUUACUUGUGAAAUGUUGAGCUGCAGUUUUCGUUUGCUGUAGAAAAUGCUGACCUCUACAUCUCAAGAGAGGGAGUUUCAAAAUAACUCUUGCUCUCUGCCCCACCUUUGUUUUUUCUCAAGAACUUUGUUCUAUCUAGCCACAAUAGCCUGGGACAUUUCGGGAAUUUGUCUGCAUGAUGAAGGUUAAAGUUAUAAGUCGUGAACCGAGCUUCCUCUUAAUUUCUGUGUUGAAAUAAUGACAACAUUCUUAGGCUGAGGCAAGCAGAAGUGGCAGCAGCAAUCAUUUAUGAUCCCUUUAGGAACACCCACUUCAGGCUGUACUUUGACCCAGUGUCUGAACUGUUGAAGAUUAAACAACUGUACAAAAACCAGGUCAGCACCAGUACCUGUACACAGCAGCCAAACGUCAGGGAGAACUCAUCCGAGAUUUGUUCCCGCUGAACAGUCCAUUCACGUAUCCAUCCAUUCAAGAUCCUGGCGAGGUUUUGCAAUCUUUGGUCAGGAUGGUUGGGUUGAAACCAUCGCUAGUUCCUCCAACGCCGGGUGUGCGCUUCCUGGGUGCUGGCACGGCAGCUUGCAUCGCCGAUCUCAUCACCUUCCCCUUAGACACGGCUAAAGUUAGAUUACAGAUUCAAGGCGAAGUUGCAAGUUGCCACGGAUCCACAAGUAUCAAAUACCGUGGGGUUUUGGGGACCGUGGUCACCAUGGUGAGAACAGAAGGACCCAUGAGUUUAUACAGUGGUCUGGUGGCUGGGCUGCAGAGACAAAUGAGCUUCGCUUCAAUUAGAAUCGGACUGUAUGAUUCUGUCAAACAGUUUUACAGCAGAGGCAAUGACCAUGCCAGUAUAGGCACCGCAGCACUUGCAGCCUGCACCACGGGGGGACUUGCUGUUGCACUCGCUCAACCAAUGGAUGUCGUUAAAGUUCGUUUUCAGGCACAGAAGAACAUCCUGGGUGCUCGGAAACGAUACAAUGGAACGCUCCAGGCCUAUAAAUCAAUAGCCAAAGAGGAGGGAGUUCAAGGCCUUUGGAAAGGAACUUUCCCUAACAUUGCUCGGAAUGCUAUUGUCAACUGUUCCGAGCUUAUAACCUAUGACAUAAUUAAGGAGACAAUUCUGAGGAACAAACUGUUGACAGAUAACUUUCCGUGCCACUUCCUCGCCGCCUUUGGUGCGGGGUUUUGUACAACUGUGGUAGCUUCUCCUGUUGAUGUAAUAAAGACAAGGUACAUGAACUCUUUACCUGGACAAUACAAGAGUGCACUAAGUUGUGCCCAGACUAUGUUGUUUGAAGAAGGAUCAACAGCCUUUUACAAAGGGUUUGUCCCCUCUUAUCUACGCCUUGGUUCCUGGAACGUGGUAAUGUUUGUGUCAUACGAGCAGAUUAAGAGGGCAAUGAUGCUGGCCAGGCAAAGUUAAGAUUCUUCAAAUUAAUAAUCUUAAUGAAGCAUUUGACACUUCACCAAGCACACAGACCUACAUGGACUUGAAGAACUGGUGUUAUAACAUGGACCUCUUCUGUAUAGGUUUCUAUUAUUUACAAAAAUGUUUUGUAUGAAACGUGCCUCCAUGGGCAGCAUAAAACAAACAUUGGAAGUACAACUACAGCAGGAUAAGGGGUCUGCACAUAGAAAUCUCUCUGCACAAAUGCUGUUUGAUCUACUGAAUGUUCCCAGUGUUUUGAUUUUAUUCUGUUACAUUAAAGCUUGUAGGCAUUCAUGGUAGACACUUUUAACUGGAAUAUGACUGAAUAUUUCAUGUUCAUAUUAAAUGUUAUGUCAGGCAAGCAAAACAAUCCAAUGGGCUUUGUAUUAGUCAUACAGCGUGGAAACAGUCCCGCCAGCCUAACUUACCCACAUCUCCCAUCUACACUAGUCCCACCUGCCUGCAUUUGGUCCAUAUCCCUCCAAACCUGUCCAUCCAUGUACCUGUCUAUUUCCUAAACGUUGGGAUAGUCCCUGCCUAAACUAUCUCCUCUGGCAGCUCAUUCCAUACACCCACCACCCUUUUGCGUGAAAAAGAUAUCCCUCAGAUCCCUAUUAAAUCUUUUCCCCUUCACCUUAAAACUUAAGUCCUCUCUUCACUUACUCUGGGAAAGAGACUCUGCAUCUACCGGAUCUAUUCCUCACAUGAUUUUAUACACCUCUAUAAGAUCACUGCACGGACUAGAAGGGUCGAGAUGGCCUGUUUCCGUGCUGUAAUUGUUAUAUGGUUAUAUCACCACAUCCUCCUGCGCUCCAAGGAAUAGAGUCCCAGCCUAUUCAACCUCUCCUUAUAGCUCAGACCCUCUAGUCCUGGCAACAUCCUUGUAUCAGUUUAGUUUUAGUUUACUUUAGAGGUACAAUGCAGAAAAAGGCCCUUCUGCCCACCGAGUCCACACCGACCCCCAAUUAUACCAAGCCAUUUAACCUACACACCUAUACGUCUUUGGAGUGUGGGAGGAAGCCAAAGAUCUCGGAGAAAACCCAUGCAGGUCACGGGGAGAAGGUACAAACUUUGGUCAGACAAGCACCCAUAGUCAGGAUCGAACCUGGGUCACUGGCGCUGCAUCACCAUGCCACCCCUAUUCUUUAAAUUAUAUCGAGUAAAAUGCACUUUACUGCCAGUUUCAUUAUUUCAAAAUCAUGGAUGCAUAAUAUACAGCACAUAUAAUACAUUAGAUGCAUGAAUACAUCAUUUGAAAAGCUAAUUUCAGUCCUGUCAUUGGGCAAUUGCUGUUAGCUUGCAUUGAAUCUUGGCUAGCUACGAUUGAAUAUUUAUUUAUUAGUCAGUGUUCAUAUUGAAUUGUUCUAAAAGCAUAUUUUAUAAUAAACUACAUAAUCUUUCAUGUUAAUUGAGGGGGAAAUGAAUCUUUUUUUGUAUUACUUUGUAUAAAUACAUAAUAUAUAAAUGCCCGAUGUAUGCCCACAGUGAAAGUUGAUGACACUCGCCAUGUUUUAGUGUAAAACAAAAUAGAAGGAAGCUUGGAAUAAAGUACACUAGCUAGUUAUGUACAACCAAUGGAUGAGUCAUUCUUGAUAACAUUUUACUUGAUCCUAAUGAUGGUGUACUUAGAUCUUUGAUCCAUUAAAAUGUACUUGGCAUCAAUAUUAACUGAUUACAGGUGAAAUGUGCUUUAAAGGGGCUGUCCCACUUGGGCGACCUAAUCUGCGAAUUUAGAAGAUUGUCUUUGACCUUCAAACUCGCAGCAUGGUCGACAUGUGGUCCUAUGAGGUUGCUAAAACUCUCCUUCAUACUUGAGGGAAGUUCCUGAAUAUUCGUGGCCUGAGCUAGGUGGCAGAAAAAUGUUCAGCAUGUUGACCGGGCAUUUUGAUUGGAGUUUUCAGGACCCAGAAAAACCUACCGGUAGAAAGAAUGCCCGCUAAACUUUAUUGUACUCCUGAAAAGCGUCUCCACUCCUUCUCCUCCCCUUCUCUGUGAAAUUCAGACAGCGCUCCCCCACUUUCCCUGGCCCCCGCCGUGUGUGCGUGCGCGCACGCGCGUGAUCGAUCCAGCUCGCGGUUUA